UCACCUCCAUUCUCUAGUCUUCUAGUUCUGCGUUUUCAAGCGAGGAGGAGAAGAAGCCAUGCAAUACAUCAAAUUCCUAGGCAUCAUCCAUCCUUGUGCCCUUCCUAGAAGAUUGCUUGCUUUCAAGGAUUUUCAAGUUCAACGUCUCAAGGCUUUGUCAUUCAUCUUUCACGGUGUAUUUCAUCUUUUUCUUUGCUUGAUUGAUUUUGGAGUGGGUUGUGCGUUUCCCUGGGAUUGCGGCAACGCCUGCCCACCAAACUGCAACCCUUGGAUAUGUGAUAGAGGACAUGUGUGUGUACGUGCUGAAGAAAAUUUGCAAAUUCCAGAAGUUUCUCUCUCGAGAAACCCUAAUCUCGGCGGCAGUGGCCAUUUGAGAAACCAUUCUCGUCCAGUGGCGGCGCUGGCUUCUCUGCUGGCCUUGGCCUCGCUGACGCCAUGCGGUUUUGCUGCCGGACGGGGACUGAUUGAGACAGCUUCAAGUGUUCCCUUGUGUUGGAUGUUGCUCAAGCUUUUGGCGGGAGGUGUUUGGUUUCGGGUGUGGUUGCGACAUCUCUGGGAGGUGGUUGUUCUUGUUUUGAUGGUGGCUCAGAUUGACGACGCGGCUCGAAAUCGGAGGUGGUGUGGAUCGGAGUUGCCGAAAACGGAGCAGGUUUGUGGUGGUGUUGCAUGUGGAGGUGAGGUCGUCGUGAUUUGGGUCGUGGGGGCGGAGUUCCGUCGCGAUUUGGGUAGUGGCGGUCUUGGCUCAGGGCGGCGAAAUUAUGGCGGUGCUGUCACGGUGGCGGAGUGGCGCUGGGAUGGUUGGUGGUCUGGAUGUGGAGGCUACAUCCUGGGCCAAGCUGGGCCUGCCAAUCCUUAAGUGGGCCUUCUCUUGGGCUCCCUUGGACUACACAAGCUUUGGGCAGGGGUUUCUUGGCCCAUACAAUUUCUCUUUGUUUUAGGGAUACUAUGUUAGUAGUUUUACUUUCAAUAAUUCUCUGAGUUUUUAGGGAUUUAUGCACUUGAUGUGUCUAUAAUGCCUCUAGAGUAGUACUGAAGGAGGAUUUACGCUAGUCUCUACGAAUUUAAUGUAUAAUGAGUGGAUCUAUUUCUAUGUACCACCGUGGGUGCUACCACACCUUGAUCUGUCUAGUUGAAGGCAGCAAAAGGAUACGUAAUAGUCAUUCUGGCA